UCUGUAAAUUACGAUCAAAACGUUUAAUUGAAUUAAACAGCAAUGAAUUCUAAUAUAAAUACAAUGUAUGGAAGUGCGAUAUGCAAAGCCUGUUUAAGUAAAGAUAGAAAAUUAACCGCAAUAACAGAUGCAGACAAUUUGAAAAUAUAUUGUAACCUCCUUGAAGAAAAGCAAAUAAGUGAGCCUCUGUUAUUGUGUUGGGAAUGUACAGCUAAUGUACGUAGAUUGGCAACAUUUAGACGGCAAGUUAAAAAAGCAAAUAAUACCCUACUUGAUCAUUUGAUGCAUGAAUCUAUAAAUUUGACACCGCUCACCAAACUAUCAAUAUCACAACUAGAUCCAUUAAAUGUUAACAUAGAGAAUCCAUUAAUGGAUACCGAAGAUAUACAACCCAUGACAUUUGUUAAACUUGAAAGUCCAGAAAAUGUUGAAGAUUUUUUAUUGAAUGCAACACCGCUAGAGUCUGAAGACUGUGAUUUGGAUCUUAAGACAGAUACAACUGAUUUAUUUAUAACAAAAGAUAACUUUAAUUCAACUGAUGAAGAGCCGUUGCAAAAGGAAACAACACAGAGGAAAAAAGUUAGGAAGAAUUCCAAAAAAACUAAAUCUACUACAAAAAAGAAACACACUAAAGAUAAAAAAAAUAUAGAAAAAAAAGAAAUAACACAACGCGGUCAAGUGAUGCGAUACACGAUGCAUUCAGUUAACACACUGAAACGUUUAAAUAUGGCUGAUAAUGAAUAUAUUCAGUUGGUCGUUUUAACUUGGGAAGAGGUACAAGAAGAGCGUAAGAAAGCGUUAGAAAGUGAUUCCUUCAAGAAGAUGCUGUAUCGAUGUUACGAUUGUGUACUCGGCUUUAAUCAUAGGUUCAAAUUGGACAAUCAUAUGAAGAAACAUCAACCAGAAUACGGUCCUGAAGUUUGCGACAUUUGUAAGAUCAGAUGUAAGCAAGCUUCCGCAUUGUCUGCUCAUAAGAAGAGACAUCAAGUCAAAUGGCGAUGUAGCGCGUGCGGCGGCGCGUGGUCGCGGGCGAGUGUGGCCGCAGACCACGUGUCUCGCGCACAUCACGCCGCCAAUCCCACACACCAAUGUUCCCUCUGCACACAACACUUCCCGACAUUAAACAAACUUCGUCUACAUAUGAAACAGCAUUCGGAACGUGUGAAAUGCGACCAGUGCGACAAAACCUUUGUGGAUCGUAGCGCAAUGAGGAACCAUCUCUUUAUCCAUAUAGGUGACAAGGAAUUCUCGUGUCCGCAUUGUGACAAGAAGUUCCUGUUCAAGCGAGCUAUGGAGGUGCACCGCGCUACUCAUGACCCUGAUGCUAGGAUAUACUGUCAUAGUUGUGAUUUAAGCUUCAAGAAUGAGAUGUCAUAUAAACAGCAUAUGCUGUACAGUCUCAAACAUGUCGAUCCUGCUAGACUUAAGUAUGCGUGCGAGUUGUGUGACAAGAGGUUCGUGAAAGCAAAGAGACUGGAGGAGCAUCACAUUGCUGUGCAUCUCAAAGCAACGCCAGUCAAAUGUACCGCGCCUGGGUGUAACUUUGCGUGCUCGUCUCGUCCCGUACUGCGCACACACACGCGCAUGUUGCACCGCAAUGUGCGCGCGCGCCGCGACCAUGUCUGCCAUCUCUGCGGCAAGACUUACACGAGUAAGGCAGCGCUACAAGGUCACUUACGCGCUCACAGCGGGGAGCGGCCGCUGCGCUGUGCGCGCUGUCCCGCCGCAUUCGGCUACCCCGCCGCAUUGUACAACCACACACGCCUCGUACACCUCGGACAUGCGAGUGGAAAAAGUAAGACAAAUGAGGUGUCACAAACGGUAACAACAGCUACAGAUGCGACACUAGCGCCACUCACCGCGGAACCUCCUGACUCGAAGUCGAUGUGGCAUUCUCUCACACCAACUGUUGAAAUACUCCAACAACCAAUUGAAACGUUACCGAGUUAAUUUGUAAUAUUUGUUUAUAAUUUAAAUUAUAAUAAAG